AUGACCGAGCGUCAGGUUGUCGCCAAUGCCAUUAAGAGUGCGGCUUAUUCGUCAUUCGAUGAUUUCCUUCAACACCUUCGUGGUUACGAGCUGUUGAUUGGGUGUCGAUAUGUUAUGCGAGACCCAGUAGAGUUCAAAUUACCUGCGCCGCAGUCAAUCAAGCAGUUGGUGUACAGAAGUGUCAACUUUGAAUGCGAGCACAAGACUCGCACCAAUUGUACUGCAUGCUUCCGCCUGAAGGUGCAAAAGAGGAAGCUGCGAGUCGACGCUGUAAGGAUUCGACACAAUCAUUUGUCUGAAAGGAUACUCCCCACAUCCGAUACAUUCAAUACGGACCCAAUUUUCCGUGAGAUUUUCCCCUCUAAUCAUCUUGUCAUGGCUAUGGAAGCUUUUUUGUCAAAGUUCGAGGAAUUUGAGACGGUGCUCAUGAUUGGAAACACUUUCUAUCUAUCGCCUAGGGAAGAUUGCAGAGCAAAUGUCGGUGCAGUCGAGAGAAACGGGUCAAUCACGAUUUUUCGGCACGAACUGUGGCACAACCAUGGAGCGAUGGAGGUGGGACCACAGAAACGAACUCCAAAUCUGCACCAGUACAAAACCUGCUUUAGGAACAUCUUGGAAAUACUUGCCAACGGAAUGACCGCGGAAACGUUAGAAGAAUGCAAUGAUGUCAUUGAGAAGAUGCGGUACUGCUUAAGAAAUCUUACCCCUGAUCCAUCAACUUAG